GGUAGCCGAGUGGGUGGCGACGGGCCGGCGCCGGUCCCGGACGGCUCGCCCCAGCCUCGCCCCUCGCCGCAGAGGUCGCCCCGGGAAACCUCGCAUUUCCCGGGCGCUCCCCGGGGGCCGAGCACUGUCCUGAGCGCUCGGAAAGUUGAACCGAGCAACGGCAGAGGGACGGUCCCGGCGGGUGUCUGCCUCCGCCCCCCUCCCCUCCCGCCCCCGAGCCCCCGGGUCCUCCGGGCCGGUCCCGUCCAGGCCGGGCCCGCGCCCCCCGGCCCCGGGGGCCAUGGAUUCGGACGGCAGCCUGGGGUCCAGCCGCCCCUCGUCCCCGGAGCCCGACGGGCCCUUCCCGUCGGCGAGGACCAAGGGGGUGGGCGGCGCCGUGUCCUCCUCCACCCCCAGCGAGUGCCCGUCGGAGCAGCUGGGCCCCGCCAUGGGCGCGGCGGGCCUGCUGCGCCCGGCCGACAAGCUCGGGGGCGGCGGCAAGUCCUCGUCGUCGUCGUCGUCGUCCACCUCGUCGUCCACCUCGUCGUCCACCUCGUCGUCCACCUCGGCGGCGGCGGCGGCCAAGAAGGACAAGAAGCAGAUGUCGGAGCCGGAGCUGCAGCAGCUGCGGCUGAAGAUCAACAGCCGCGAGCGCAAGCGGAUGCACGACCUCAACAUCGCCAUGGACGGGCUGCGGGAGGUCAUGCCCUACGCCCACGGGCCCUCCGUCCGCAAGCUCUCCAAGAUCGCCACCCUCCUCCUGGCCCGCAACUACAUCCUCAUGCUCACCAACUCCCUGGAGGAGAUGAAGCGGCUGGUCAGCGAGAUCUACGGCCACGGCCACCACCACCAUCACCAUCACCCGCAGCCCCCGCCGCCCCCGCCCCCGCCCCCGCCGCCCCCGCCGGCCCCGCCGGCCCCGCACCAUCACCACCACCACCACCACGCCGCCUUCCACCCGGCGGCCGGCCCGCCCGGAGCCCCGCACCCGCCGCACGGCCCGCACCCGGCCGCCCUGGCCGCCGCCGCCGCCGCCGCCGCCGCCGCCGUGUCCGGAGCGGCGCUGCCCGGGCCCGGGGCCCUGACCCUCCGGCCGGCCCCGCACGGGCUGCUCAAGGGGCCGGCCGGGGCGGGGGCCGGCGGGGCCGGGGCGGGGGCGGGCGGGGCCGGGACGGGGGCCGGAGGGGCCGGGGCCGGGGCCGGGGCGGGGGCCGGGGCCGGGGCGGGGGGCUUCCCGCACUGGGGCGGGCUGCCCUGCCCCUGCAGCCUGUGCCAGGGCCCCCCGGCGCAUCACCACGUCGCCGGCCUCACCCGCCUCGCCUCCGACGCCAAGUGAGCCGGGGGGCCGGG